CAUCCACGCCACAACAAACACCACCAUCGGAGGUGGUCGGAGUCGUGCAGGGGGUAGCAUAUCUCAGUCCGAGCCUGCAAAGCACCGUCCCCUACCAUGAAGUUCACUGGAGGCGCAAUGAGACCUUGAACCUCGCCGUGCGGGACAGCAGCGGGAAGGUCUGGUACCGCAACAACAGCUACCAGGGGCGCCUGGAGCUCUUCCCCAACAACACCCUGAAGAUCAGCUGCCUGCAGAAGAACGACAGCAGCAUGUACCAGCUGUACCUGGAGGAUGAGAUGGGCAAGGGGCUCAUCGAGAACAUCCUCCUGACCGUGUAUGAGCUGGUCCCAAAGCCCUCGGUGAAGGCCAAAAUGGUCAGAAGUGACCCAGAGCAGUGUGAAGCAACCCUGGAGUGCUCGGUGGGGCUCGAAGGGGUGACCUACGAGUGGAUCUCCCACUCCAAGUUCCAGUGGAGCCAUAUGAGCGCUUCUGAGCUGCACGUGGCCCUCAAUCCCUCGUCAGACACCUUCACCUGCAGGGUCAGCAACCCUGUCUCCUCCAACAAUGCCUCGCUGCUCUACAGGCACCCCUGCUCCUGGACAGGUGAGUCCUCCAGUGCCUCAUCCUGUCCCACCACCAGCGUGCUGGUGGCCCUGGCACUCCAGCUCCUCCUCCUCCUCCUCCCUCUGGCUUAA